UAAAGGGUAUAUUCUGAGUUUCGAUACUCUUUUUGUUACACCAAAAAAUCGCCAUCCUCUCUUUUCUAUAAACUGUUUUUUCUCUUCUCUUCGCUGCUUAACUCUUUCUUCUCAAGAACAACUUCACGAUCUUUUCUCACUGUUUUGCGUUCAAUUUCCAACACGCUACGAGAUUUCCCUGUGAUCAUUGAAAUGCGCUGAUAUUUGUCGAUGGCUGCUACAUAAAGUCAUGACAAUGAUAAUCUCGGUGGUAGAUUAGCGAAGAGUUGGUGCCAAUUGUAACUGGACGUUGAUGUUUUGGAUUUCCAUAUCAAAUUACCAUGGAUUAGUAAAAAUCAAGUUAUCGACUCAAGGCCAGUGUUAUCUUUUACGGGGAUUCAAGUGUAGUCUGGUUUGUAGAGCACAAGUUGUUAGUUAGAAUCUGGCCUUUGACAUUAUAUGAUCGUAGGGGAACAAAACAGCUGAGCCAUUGAGUCAUCUUUCAAGCCUAUAAAAUAUUGUGACACAGCUAAUAUAUCAUCGGUUCCCCAUCCUCAAAUAAUGGAAAUAGCUGUUUCUCCACAAACACAGAAGCAGAAUUUGCCAACAGGUGGUCGCAAAACUUCAGCUGCCGGAUCCCAGAAAGAUCUCUGGCUUGUUGUGCGAGAAGGAUCGGUAAAUGAAUUAGAGACGGUCUUGACAUUAUUGAAGAAGAGUGGGGGUAAUAUCAAUGUGAGGAACUCCUUUGGGCUGACUCCUCUUCAUCUUGCAAUUUGGAGAAAUCACAUUCCCAUUGUCAGGAGGCUUCUUGCAGCUGGUGCAGAUCCUGAUGCUCGAGAUGGCGAAUCAGGAUGGGGUAGCCUUCAUAGGGCGCUACAUUUUGGUCAUCUUGCUGUGGCAAGUGUCCUUCUACAGCAUGGUGCUUCUAUUACACUGGAGGAUUCAAGAUCUCGAGUACCUGUAGAUCUUCUAUCUGGUCCUGUGUUACAGGUUUCUGGAAAUGAUCGCAAGUCAGUGGCUACUGAGGUCUUUAGUUGGGGAAGCGGUGCAAAUUAUCAGCUUGGAACUGGAAAUGCUCACAUUCAAAAGUUACCUUGCAAAGUUGAUUCACUUAAUGGUUCAUUCAUAAAGCUGAUCUCUGCAGCAAAGUUCCACAGUGUGGCACUUACUGCGCGUGGAGAAGUUUAUACUUGGGGAUUUGGAAGAGGGGGCCGUCUAGGGCACCCUGAUUUUGACAUACACAGUGGUCAAGCUGCUGUCAUCACUCCCCGCCAGGUGACUACUGGUCUGGGUUCCCGCAGAGUGAUGGCAAUCGCUGCAGCUAAGCAUCAUACUGUUAUUGCUACUGAGGGUGGGGAAGUGUUCACUUGGGGAUCCAAUAGAGAGGGACAGCUGGGAUACACUUCUGUUGAUACACAACCAACACCUCGGAGAGUGAGUGCUCUAAGGUCAAAAAUUGUUGCUGUUGCUGCAGCAAACAAGCACACAGCUGUAGUUUCCGAUUUAGGUGAAGUUUUUACCUGGGGUUCAAAUAGAGAGGGCCAGCUUGGUUAUGGAACCUCAAACUCAGCAUCUAAUUACACCCCACAUGUGGUUGAAUCCUUGAAGGGAAAGACUUUAACCAAGGUUUCUGCUGCAAAAUAUCACACAGUUGUAUUAGGAUCUGACGGAGAGGUGUACACUUGGGGUUAUCGACUAGUUACUCCAAAACGUGUAGUGAUUUCUAGGAACUUGAAAAAGAGUGGGAGCACUCCUUUAAAGUUUCAUCGAAUGGAACGACUUCAGGUAGUUUCUAUAGCUGCGGGAAUGGUACACAGCAUGGCACUUACAGAUGACGGUGCAUUAUUUUAUUGGGUCUCAUCUGAUCCCGAUCUCAGAUCCCAACAGCUAUAUUCUAUGUGCGGAAGAAAUAUGGUGAGCAUAUCUGCUGGAAAGUACUGGACUGCUGCAGUUACGGGUACUGGUGAUGUUUACCUGUGGGAUGGGAAGAAAAGUAAGGAUAACCCACUUGUUGCAACUCGGUUGCAUGGAGUAAAGAAGGCUACUUCGGUUUCUGUUGGUGAAACACAUUUACUAAUAGUGGCUAUGCUGUACCAUCCUGAAUAUCCUCUCACCGGUGUUGAGGACUCGCAAAAACCCAAGUUAAAUAAUAGGGAUGAUAUGGAUGAGUUAAAUGAAGACAUUUUAUUUGAUGACAUGGAAUCAAAUAAUAUGGUAUCCAGUGUACAAAAUGAUACUUUUGGGCAGAAAUCUGUACCUAGCUUAAAAAGCCUUUGUGAAAAAGUAGCAGCAGAAUGUUUAGUGGAGCCACGAAAUGCCAUACAACUGCUGGAGAUUGCCGAUUCUCUUGGGGCAGAUGAAUUGAGAAAGUAUUGUGAGGAGAUUGUGAUGCGCAACCUUGAUUUUAUAUUCACAGUUUCAUCGCAUGCUGUCGCAAGCACAGCACCAGAUAUUCUGGCUAACCUUGAGAGGUUGUUGGACCAGAGAUCUUCUGAGCCUUGGACACACCGUCGCCUCCCAACUCCUACUGCAACCUUCCCUGCCAUCAUUAACAGUGAAGAGGAUGAUAGUGAGAUAGAGUUUCAAAGGACUCGUGAUAAACCCAUGAAAAUGAAUGUGUUGAAAUUGGAGAAAGAUGAAAGAGGAGAUUCCUUUCUACAGCCCAAGGAUGACCCCAAUCUAGAAACCUCCAAGGUAAUUCGGGCAAUAAGAAAGAAGCUGCAGCAGAUUGAGAUGCUUGAAGCUAAGCAAUCUAGUGGACAUUUCCUCGAUGACCAGCAGAUCUUAAAGAUCCAAUCCAAGUCUUCCCUCGAGAGCUCGCUUGCAGAACUAGGUAUUUCUGUUGAGACUUUGCAAAAUAAGGAAUCAUCUUCUCCGUCACCAUCGCCAGAAGGCAAAGGUAGUAAAAAGGGUAAAGUAUCCAAAAAACAGAGGAGAAAGAGCAAUAAAUCAAGUGUCAUCCAAGCAGAGGUAGAAUCUUUGUAUUCUGCAAGUGAAGUGAUUACUGAAUCUGUGAAGGAUUUGUUGGAAGCUGACAUCAUGGUGGCUCCUAAGUCUAAGGUGGGAGAGGUUGCUGAAAAAACCACAACCGACCAAGGUGCAACUGCAAAAGAUCUAGACUUGAUAGUGCAGAAGAAAGAUGGUAUAGAGUUGCUGCAAGGCAAGGGACAAACACCAAAAGUUUCUAAGAAGAAGAAUAAGAAGGGUGGGCUAUCAAUGUUUUUGAGUGGAGCCCUUGAUGAUGUUCCAGAGGAGGUGAACCCUCCUCCUACACCGACGCCAAGGAACGAGGGUCCUGCAUGGGGUGGGGCCAAGUUCACCAAGGGUUCUGCUUCACUUCGUGAUAUCCAGGAUGAACAGAGCAAAAUAAAGGGAAACCAGCUAUCUAUGACUAAAUCUAAGGUUGAAGAUCUUUCUGAUUUUGGCAGUAGCGGAAAAGUGAAGUUGAGUUCAUUUCUUCCUUCUAGUCCAAUACCUGUUGUCCCUGCUGCCCCAACUCGUGGUUCACAUGCAUCUGAUGCCGACAUAAGUACUCCUCCGUGGGUUGCUUCAGGAACCCCUCCUCAACUUCGGCCAUCAUUCAGGGACAUCCAGAUGCAACAGGGAAAGAAACACCAAAGCGUUUCCCACAGUCCUAAGACUAGCACAGCUGGAUUCACCAUUGCAACAGGUCAAGGCUCACCAUCGGAGUCGACCUUGGUGAGCCGCUGGUUCAAGCCUGAAGUGGACACACCAUCCUCAAUUCGUUCCAUUCAGAUUGAAGAAAAGGCCAUGAAGGAUCUCAAGCGCUUCUACAGUAGUGUGAAGAUAGUAAGGAAGCAAUCUUAAAGUGUCCAUCUAAUUUAUCUCACGAAGAUGGCAUAGGAGAAUGCACUUUCUCGUGCUCUUCCUCUGCUCAGGACCUUGUCAUUUUAGCAUAUAUCUUUUCUCACUUCUUAGUCCAGUGUAAAUUAGUAUGUACAGAUAGUUGAACUGUACAUUUUUUUUAAAUUUUCCCAAAUCAGAAGUGUUAGUUUCCAUCUUCUUAGCAUUUGGGAUUGUUCCUUUAUUUUUUUUUUGUCUUCCCUGCUAGCACUGUAUAUGACUUUAGGAUUUCAAAUGUACUCAUUUCCUAAUAUGUCUCUGGUGUUGGAGACUGGUCAAUAAUGGUCCUGAACUUGGUGUCAUCUAGUGAAUGAACUGAGUUAAGUAUUUAGCCAAAGAUCAAGAAGUGGUUGCAGAUUUUCAAGCUCUACUACCACAAAAGCUCAAGAAUGUAAUAGAAUAAAGGGAACACUGGUUUUCCAAAUAAAGGGCUCUCUUUGCUUC